AUGUAUAAAGGGAAGCCGUUGAACAGCCUUACUCCUGAAGAGUGGGAGCAAUUCACAGAAGACGUAGUAGCGCAACAGAAAACUAAUGAACGUGAAAAGGAAAGGCUAAAAGAUGAGAGACAGGAGAUGGAUGCGGCUCAACAGCUGGCGAAUUUGGCUUUGGGAGAGCGGCAAGCAAUUCCAACUACGGUGAUCAAGGGUACCAUAGGCAAAUUAAGUGAAUUUUCGUUGGAAGACAAUUGGUCUAUGUGGUUUGAGCGUUUCCAGCAGUACUGCGAGGUUAAUGAGGUCUCGAACAACAAACACGUGCCUUUGUUCCUAACACUAAUGGGGAAGGAGGCUUAUGAGCUCCUUCGUAAUUUGUGCUCGCCUGAGCUACCUAUGUCUCUCCCCUUGCCCCAGCUAGAAAAGACUAUGAGGGAGCACCUCCAGCCUGCCCCGUGCAUCAUCAUGGAAAGGUAUAAAUUCAAAGAGUGCAGGCAGCAACAAGGGGAGGAUGUUAAGACUUACCUGGCGAAUCUCAAAAAACUGUCCAAGGAGUGUAAUUUCGGUGCAGGGUUAGAAGAUUACCUGCGCGAUCAGUUUGUCUGGGGUAUUGCGAGUGAGGCAAUUCAGAAGAGGCUACUGGGAGAAAAAGAUCUCUUAUAUCGAAAGGCAUAUGACAUCGCACAGUCCAUGGAGGCAGCAGGCCGUGACGCUGCACGAAUGCAGACGAAAACGGGAGCGGAUGAACUAAACUACAUUAAGGAUAAAAGGCGAGCGACCCAAGGGCAGAAGAAGGGACCAAGCGAGCAAGAGAAAUGUUUUUGCUGCCGAAGGGCUAACCAUCGCAGGUCGGAAUGUCGCUACAAGGACUAUAAAUGCAAACAGUGCGGUAAGGUGGGGCACCUUCAGGCGAUGUGCAAAAACAAGGACAAGGAUACCCCCAUUCCCGGAAAUCAAGGUAGGCAGCGUGUUAAAAAAGCAAGUGACGAGCGGCAAGAUUUCGUAGAAGAAGAAGACGGUGAAAUAGGUUCGUUAAGUGAAGUGUGGGACUCAGUUUUUUGCAUGCAUGAGGGGUCCGCGUCUGUAAAUAAAAGUAGUGAGCCGUUGUAUGUGAGUGUGAGUGUUGAGGGCAAGCCGUUACGUUUCGAAAUGGAUACCGGCUCCACUAUUUCUGCGAUUUCCGAGAAAAUUUAUAACGAGCAUGUUUUCUUGCGUGAACUGUCGAUGGGUAGUACAAAGCGUAUUUUCAAAACAUACCACGAGCAAAGGCUGAUUCCUAUAGGUAUACUUAAUGUAAACGUUAAACGUUUUGAUAAAGCGGUGGAUCUCGAACUUUUUGUUAUGCCAGGUGGCGCGAAAACACCUAUAAUGGGCCGCGAAUGGCUACGUGCGUUAGGAAUAAUAGGAAUUCAAGAUCCUUUUGAUCUCAAUAACAUUGAUAUUAAUUCUGUAAGGGAAAGCAAGGAAUCGAUUAAUACGCUUAUUCAUAGGUUUAGUGAUGUUUUUUCAAAUGAGAUGGGCUUAUACAAGGGUGGGAAGUUUACAUUGCACGUCAAGCCGGAUACCAUUCCUAUAUUCUGUAAAGUGCGGUCUGUGCCUUUUGCGCUGCGUAGUAGGUUAGAGGACGAGAUUCAAAGGUUAGAGAAGGCUAAGAUUAUUGAACCGAUUAAGAGUAGUGAUUGGGCCACCCCGGUAGUGCCAGUACUUAAAUCUAGUGGACAAAUCCGUUUGUGCGGGGACUACAAAAUUUCCUUGAAUCCAUAUUUGAUUGUAGAUAAAUAUCCGAUUCCUCGAGUUGCCGAUAUGUUGUCUAGUUUGGAGGGCGGAAAGUUUUUUUUGAAGUUCGAUUUGGCGCAUGCAUAUCAGCAAAUUGAGCUCGAUGAAAAGUCAAAAAAUUUGACCACAGUCACUACACACAAAGGCCUUUAUAGAUAUAACAGACUUCCCUACGGUAUAGCUUCGGCUCCUGGACUUUUUCAGAGAGAAAUGGAAAAGGUUUUAAAUGGAAUGCACGGUGUCUCUGUUUAUUUUGAUGAUGUCUUUAUAUCCGGCAAGACGCAAGAGCAGCACGACAAAAGAUUGCUCGAAGUUUUAAGUCGAUUUCAAAAAACGAAUUUGAAGGUUAAAAUAGGAAAGUGUGAGUUUUCACAAAAUAAAAUCCAAUUCUUAGGUUAUGAACUAAUGGAACAAGGCUUAAGUGUUGCAAAAAAUAAGAUUGACGCAAUCCUAAAAAUGAAAACUCCAUCACAUAUUAAAGAAUUGCAGUCUUUUAUCGGUGCUCUUACGUAUAAUGCUAGGUUUAUUAAGAAUUUUGCCAUGUUAAUGAGCCCGUUGUAUAGACUAUUGAAGAAGGAUGUGGAGUGGCACUGGACCCCGGAACACGAUAGGGCUUUUGAAGAGGCCAAAAAUAGAUUAGUCUCGCAGGAUGUUCUCUGCGUUAUAAUUCUGACUUACCUGUAA